AUGGCCCUGCUGCUGUGCCUGGGCCUGACAGCAGCGCUGGCCCGCGGCUGCUUGCACUGCCAUGGUAACUUCUCGGAUAAGUUUUCCUUCUACCGCCAUCACGUGAACCUCAAGUCCUGGUGGGUGGGCGACAUCCCCGUGUCGGGCUCGCUGCUCAGUGACUGGAGCCAGGACACAAUGAAGGAGCUGCACCUGGCCAUCCCCGCGGAGAUCACCCGGGAGAAGCUGAACCAAGUGGCGGCCGCCGUGUACCAGAGGAUGGAUCAACUGUACCAGGGAAAGAUGUACUUCCCGGGGUAUUUCCCCAACGAGCUGCGAGCUAUCUUCCGGGAGCAAGUUCACCUCAUCCAGAAUGCCAUCAUCGAAAGCCGCAUCGACUGUCAGCGUCACUGUGGCAUCUUCCAGUACGAGACUAUCUCCUGCACCAACUGCACGGAUUCGCAUGUCGUCUGCUUUGGCUACAACUGCGAGUCGUCAGCACAGUGGGAGACAGCAGUGCAGGGCCUCCUCCAGUACAUAAAUAAGUGGCACAAGUAAGUCCCCUCUCCCCAAGAGCAAUGUGCGUGUGCCCUCACCGAAUGGACACCAAUACGAGGUAAGGUCCCCCCAGGCCCAUCCUCCUGGGAGUGUGGGCAGUGUGAACUUUUCCAGGUCAGUGGGGGCAGACAGGGCGUAGUAUGGGAUGGGUGCAGCCAGGCAAGAUGUCACCUCUGCAGUCACAUCCAUGCUAUCACACCAUGAAUAAACAUGAGCUCCCCUCCUCCUCACCUGGAUACACAGAACCACUCCAGCCUUGUGAGUGACCCAAUGGGGGGAAGCACAGGGACCCGUGCGAGCUCUGCCUAAGCCAGAGGUCAAAACCCCAGUGCCCCCACCCCGCCCCGCCCCGCUCCCUUCACAGACCCCGUCGUGGGAAUGGUGGGUGUGACCCCACUGGUGUCCAGGUCCAGGUCGAGGGUCUGUCUGGAGCCCUGCUACAUGCCCCCGCUGGGACGAGGGGCCCAGGCCCCAGCAGAGGACCCCUAGGGAGGACAAGGCAGGGCAGGGGAGGAAGGACUGGGGCGCCCCAUCUCCUUGCAGCUUGAUAUCACCAAGCUUCACGUGUCUGGAGCCCCCACACCUGGCCAACCUGACUCUGGAAAACGCCUCCGAGUGCCUGACGCAGCACUGAGGGCGGCCGGGCCGGCCAGACCCGUCCCGCCGUGGUGCAGGGCCAGAACCCCACUGGACCGUCUUGGCCAGACCCUGUGGAACAGGCCUACUGCUGCCUGAGGGCCCCACUCGCCUUGGAGCCCGGGGCUGGGCCAGGCCGGGGCCGGGAGGAGGGGAUGGGAGAUAGAUGAUUUUGUACAUAGUGCAGCAUAGAUGCAGGCAGGAUCGCAGCCAUGUGAUGGAAUGAUUAAAUAUCCCUGAUGUUUCUCA